CUCACCAGCGCUCUGAUCGAGUGAAGCUUACAUCGAGAGGUGGCGAGCGACUGCGGGUUUUCAUCCCGAAACCUGAAGAAAAUACAAUUUAAAACGCUUAUGACCAGUAUACGAGCAUCACAACUGAGAUUCUAAGGUUUAACCUUCAAGAAGAAUACGUCAAGUUGACCUAAAGAAGCAAGUAAUCCAGACAGUGAAGCUACCAAGCGAAUGUUCAAGAGACUGCCAGCUAGCUAACGUAGUUAGCUUGGAUCAGAAGAAUCCUAAACCACGAUCUGGUGUGAAAACAUUGCUAUUUUGUAUCAACUUAUUAUCUGUGUAGCAACAAAGUAGCCAACCAGGGAAUACAAUCAGAAAUCAAGGUAUAUUUUAAUGUCGGGCCGCCUUACUGUAGCUUUCCAGUUUGCGAUGCCAAUUACUAUUAGCGUUAGUUAGCAUGGCAGUUCUCAGUCAUUGAGAUUAAUACAGGUUAAACGAAUUAUUUGGGACUCCCUAAAAACACUCAACUAAGAUACAGCUACGACCGGAAGUGACCAUCGGUAGCAGCUUGCUGCUUGGCCAUGUUGAAACAGCAGCCCAGCUCAUGUGGGCGAAAAACAUCCAACUGGACUUCGGGCCCUGCCAGUAUGUCUUCCACGGCCAGUGGAAUCAACAACAGAGCACAGGUUGGGAGGAGUCAAACCUCUGUGAAGCCACCUUUCCUGUCCUCUCCUGUGUUUGAUGGCGUCUACAACAAUGCCAGAAUGAUACAUUUCCUCACAGCUGUGGUGGGCUCCACCUGUGACGUAAGAGUGAAGAACGGCAACGUGUACGAGGGCAUCUUCAAGACCCUCGGCUCACGGUGUGAGCUGGCAGUGGACGCAGUCCACAAGCGAGGCGAAGACGAGAGGCCCGCCCUGCCCCGGAGGGAAGAGAUCACCGACACCAUGGUCUUCAGCUCUUACGAUGUGGUCACCAUGACCUGCCGAGACGUGGACCUAAACUACGCCACCAGAGACACGUUCAUAGACACGUCCAUCAGCUCGACCCGUGUCAACGGGGAAGACAAAGAGAAGGUGCUGCAGAGGUGGGAGGGAGGAGAUGGCAACGGAGAGGCCUUCGAUUUGGAGAACGAUGCUGCCAAUGGUUGGGAUGCCAACGAAAUGUUUCGUUACAACAAGGUGAACUUCGGCGUCGAGUCUACCUACGACUCCAGCCUCUCAAUGUACACGGUCCAUCUGGAGAGGGGCAGCACAGAGGGCUUCCGGCAGCGGGAGGCACGUGCCGCCCUCAUGGCUAGUGAGAUCGAGUCCAGCCCCCAGUACCGCCAACGCGUCUCGUUGGAGAACGAGGAGGGCAAGAGCGAGGAGGACAAGUGCAGCACAGUGGUGCACGGUGGCGAGCGGGGGGGAGGAAGCCCCAGGGAGAGGGAGAAAGGCUGCGACAGCCCCAGCAUAGUCAGCAGGGAAGGCAAAUACAUUCCGUUACCCCAGCGAGCUAGGGAGAUUGGCGCGUCGGGGGGCAGCAUGCGAGGAGAACGCGAGCGGGCGGAGCGAGGCCCUGGAGGAGGAAGCGGCGGACCCCAAGGUCACAACCGCAUGAGUGCCGGCUAUCGCUCAGCCCCUCCCUCCUCUUCCUCCCCCAAACCUCACCUGUCCUUGGCCACUGGUGGACCCCAGCCCCCUCCCCCGUCUUCGGAGUGCAGCAGCCCCCUCUCUGGCCGAGGUUACUCCCCCCACCACUCCCAGGGCAGCCCUGGCACUGCCAGCCCCUACGCCCCCACCUCCCCCGGGGGUCCGGCCUCGGCCAACGCCGCCCCCUCUUCAGCUAGUCCCCCCACCCCCCAUUCCAACUCGCUGUCUCCGUCGGACACUGGUAGGCCCGUCAACGGAGUGUCUUCUAGGAUGUCUCCCAAAUUACAGAGACCCGUCCAGUCAAACCGACCGGUCCGGACACCUAACUCACACACCCAGUCCACAGCCUCCCGCUCCCCGAAAUCUGACUCGCAGGACUCGGUGCAGUACCUGGACACGUCAUCUGUCUCCAUGCCCGCCCAGAAAACAUCAGGCCCCGCCCCGCUCUUCCCCAUCGACGUGAACGAGAUCCUCUGCAUGGCUGCCAAAGAACGAUCAGCAGAGAGUCCAGGCACCACGGAAGAUGGCAAGAGUAAAGCUCCCUCCAUUCAGCAAAGGUCACAAAUUGAAGAGCUGCGGAAAUUCGGCAAAGAAUUCAGGCUUCAGCCCAGCGGAUGUGGCUCCAGUGCUGCAGCGGUAUCUCCCUCUGACACGGUCAAGUCCUUCCCCUCGUACCCCAGCCCUGCCACCUCAGACUCCAAACAGACCCUCGCCCCCCAAAGUACUUCCCAGCCCUCCACUUCCCCCUCAGGGGACCCCGCCAAGGAGUCCAGUUCCAGCGCAGCCGCUACCACCGCCAGCCCCAUUUCAGACAGGCAAUUGCCAGGACAAUCCCAGUCAGCCAGGACCCCAGGAAAUGAGGAGUCCAGACAGGAGAAGGCAGAGCGAGUGGAGGGUGUGAUUGAUCAAAUCAGGAAGUCAACUCUGAAUCCCAACGCCAAAGAGUUCAACCCAAACAAAGUCGCGCUCACUCUGACGAAGCCCAACCCUUCACCCACACCCCCCCGGCCACCCCCUCCCAGCCCUGCAGUGGUGCUGCAGCACCCAGGCAGCCAGGGUCCCAUCUACAACGCCCCCUACCUCUCCUACAUCUCCCAGAUCCACUCUGUACAGCCUCCACAUAUGUACCAGUAUACCAUGUCUACAGUCUGCCAGGGGAAAUACCCCCGAGUCAAAGGCUUAGGGUUGGGGGCCCCCCGCUCGGACCAUGGCAACUCUGGCCCGCCGCAGGCCAUGCUACAGGCGGCAGGGUCUGCAGCCGGAGCCCCCCUGGUGCCGUCGCCCUACCCCCAGCCCUACCUGCAGUACAGCCAGCAGCAGGUCAUCCAGGCCAUGACGCCUUACCCAGGACAGCCGAUGUACUCCAUGCUACAGGGCGGUGCGAGGAUGUUGGGCCAGGGAGGGAGUCACCCCCAGGUCAUGGGCCCUCCAGGGGGCCCCCAGUUCCCUGGCCAAGGUGAGGGGCCUCUGGUGCCACAGCAGGGUAUCUAUGCCCCCCAGUCGUUCUCCCAUCACCAGGGUGCAGUGCACCAGCCCCGGCCCUCCAGCACCCCUACGUGUAACCAUCCCCCCCCCCAGCAGCACGCCCCCAGCCCUGGACAGUCGGGACCCCAAACCCAGUCUCUAUAUCACUCCGGGCCGCUCUCAGCCCCCACCCCCUCUAAUAUGCCCCCGGGACAAACAUCGCCCCAGGGCUCGUUCCCCCUUCAGGGCUACAGCCUGCAUGGCCACCAGGGAAUCCCGCACACGUACCCCGGUCUGGGGCAGAUAACGCAGGCUCACGUCCAAGGGGCCUUGCAGGGACCCCACCACCAGGGCCAACACGGCCACCCGCAGGUAGUGAUGCUCCAGGCCCCGCCCCCCCAGCACGGCCUUGGACAAGUCUCCCAGCACCCCCAACACGGCCUCCAACAAGGGGCCCACCAACACUUCUACAUAGGACAUCCACAAGCGAUGCAGGUACAGACGCACCCCUCUCCCUUCCACCCUCCUGGAAACUGAGCUCCUCUGUUCUCCCCUCCCAAAAGAACUGUCCCCCUGGAACGGUCCACCCCCCUCGCCCUCUGGACAUGACCACACCCAACCAAGAAGUGACACAAUCACGUGACACAGUGAUUGGCUUGCAGGGAGAAGCGGCAAGACCUCAUUGGUCAGCUACACUUCUCAGCUUCAUCGUUGCUAAAGUCUUGGUUAUAGCCGCACCCAAUCCAAACCUUCGUCCCGUUCUCUCUUCCAGCUCCUUCCAUUUUAAAGACAAAAGACACAACCACAUGAGAUCAUCAUAGUGGAGAGAAAAGACAUUGACGCCAAACGAGUGAAGGACACAACGUUUGACAACAUCAAAUCGCUUUGAGACUGACUCCUUUAGCUUAAGUUCCUUGAUAUUGGGCAAAUGGACAGAAGAAAUACAAACACUUGCUCAGAAAUCGUUGAGUGUCGCAAAAAGGAGGAAUGAACGGAACGGCAUAAAAGAGGAGAUUGGAUUUUUACUUUAACCUGGUAUCAACCCACCCUUCCCCUUUCCUCUCUUAUAGCGAAUUAUGAAUAAUAAUAAUAAUAAAAAUAUGGAAAAUACAAAAAAAUAAAGUUUUAAACUUAACUA